AAUCUACGUGGUAAAGUCUGUUUCAGUUCAAAGAAAAUUCCCACCACGCGUUAGAAAAGGGCAAGAGAAAAAAGCUGCGAAAUAGAGAGAGAACAAAAGAAAAAUGAAUUCACCUAUUUAUUUCCAUUUUAAUUAGAUCUGAAUUUGAAUUUUACUUUAGGGUUCUACAAAAAAAAGCUACUAAAAUUGAUUGAUUCUUAGAGCCCUAGGGAUUUUGUUUCCCUAUUUGUGAAGAUGGCGAGGGUUUACGAGAAUUGGGAGAGGUUGGUACGAGCUACGUUACGGAGGGAGCAGCUCCGGCAGACCAGUCCUGGCCAUGGAAGAACACCUAGCGGCAUCGCAGGUUCCGUUCCGGAUUCGCUUCAACGGACUACGAACAUUAAUGCCAUUCUUCAAGCGGCUGAUGAGAUACAGGAUGAAGAUCCCAAUGUCGCUAGAAUUUUAUGUGAGCAGGCAUAUUCAAUGGCGCAAAAUUUGGAUCCCAACAGCGAUGGUCGAGGCGUUCUUCAGUUUAAAACUGGAUUAAUGUCUGUUAUUAAGCAAAAACUUGCCAAGAAGGAAGGGGCUCGGAUAGAUCGUAAUCGUGACAUUGAACGCUUGUGGGAAUUUUAUCAGCAAUACAAGAGGCGGCACAAAGUGGAUGAUAUUCGAAGAGAGGAGCAGAAAUGGCGUGAAUCUGGAGCGGUUACUGCGAAUUUGGGAGAGUUGGGACUUAGAUUUUCAGAAAUGAGAAAGGUGUUCGCUACCUUGAGGGCUGUGGUUGAAGUGAUGGAGUCUCUGAGCAAAGAUGCACCUCCUGAUGGUGUGGGAAGGCUUAUUACGGAGGAGUUGAGAAGGAUCAAGAAAUCUGAUACAACUUUAUCGGCGGAACUUGCUCCGUACAAUAUUGUUCCUCUGGAGGCACCAUCGUUGACAAAUGCUAUUGGUUUCUUCCCAGAGGUUCAGGGUGCCAUAUCAGCAAUUAAGUACACUGAGCAGUUCCCUCAGCUACCCGCUGUUUUUGAUAAUUCUGGACAGCGGGAUAUGGAUAUGUUUGAUCUUUUAGAAUAUGUCUUUGGCUUCCAGAAAGACAAUAUAAGGAACCAGCGCGAGAAUGUCAUCCUCAUUGUUGCAAAUGCCCAGUCAGGACUUGGGAUACCUGUUGAGGCUGAUCCAAAAAUAGAUGAGAAUGUUAUCACAGAAGUUUUUCUGAAGGUCCUGGAUAAUUACAUCAAGUGGUGUAGAUACUUACGCAUUCGGCUUGUCUGGAAUAAAUUAGAAGCCAUUAACAGGGACAGAAAGCUGUUUCUUGUUUCGCUCUACUUCUGCAUAUGGGGUGAAGCUGCAAACGUUCGUUUUCUUCCUGAAUGCAUCUGCUAUAUAUUCCACCACAUGGCUAGAGAACUAGAUGCAAUUUUAGAUCGUGGAGAAGCCAGCCCCGCCCCGAGUUGCAUAGGCGAGAACCAGUCUGUGUCCUUUCUGGAACAAAUUAUUUGUCCUAUAUAUGAAACAAUAGCAGCGGAGGCUGCAAGAAAUAAUAAUGGGAAAGCUGCACACUCGAAGUGGCGGAAUUAUGAUGAUUUUAAUGAAUAUUUCUGGUCACCUGCUUGCUUUGAGUUGGGUUGGCCUUUUAAGAAGGAAUCCUCAUUCUUGCGGAAGCCGCCUAAGAAAGGCAGAAGGACUGGGAAAAGCACAUUUGUUGAGCAUCGGACUUUCCUUCACUUGUACCGAAGUUUUCAUCGUUUGUGGAUCUUUUUGGUUGUCAUGUUCCAGGCAUUGACAAUCAUAGCCUUCAGCAAUGAGAAAAUCAAUCUGGACACUUUCAAGAAAUUGCUUAGUGUUGGCCCGACAUUUGCCGUUAUGAAUUUCAUAGAGAGUUCCUUAGAUGUUCUCCUCAUGUUUGGGGCCUACAGUACCGCGAGAGGAAUGGCUAUAUCAAGGAUUGUUAUCAGAUUUUUCUGGACUGGUGUGAGCUCAGCAUUUGUGAUAUAUGUCUAUCUGAAGCUUUUAGAAGAAAGGGAUACAAACAAAGACUUUUACUUCCGUCUUUAUAUCCUAGUUCUGGGUGUUUAUGCUGGCAUACGUAUAGUUUUUGCACUCCUGACGAAGUUACCUGCCUGUCACACUCUAUCGGAAAUGUCUGAUCAAUCUUUCUUCCAAUUUUUUAAGUGGAUCUAUCAGGAGAGAUACUUUGUUGGCCGUGGUCUUGUUGAGAAAACAACUGACUAUUUACGAUAUUUGGGCUACUGGUUGGUGAUAUUUGCUUGCAAGUUCACAUUUGCCUACUUUCUUCAGAUCAAACCGCUAGUUGGACCUACUAAAAUGAUAAGGCGUAUGCCUGCCCUGCCGUACUCCUGGCAUGAUUUUAUAUCAAAGAACAACAAUCAUAUACUGACAAUUGUUAGCUUGUGGGCUCCUGUUGUAGCUAUAUAUCUCAUGGAUAUUCACAUAUGGUAUACUUUAUUAUCUGCCAUUGUUGGUGGUGUAAUGGGAGCACGGGCUCGCUUAGGGGAGAUACGCUCAAUUGAGAUGGUGCAUAAACGUUUCGAGAGCUUUCCUGAAGCCUUCGUCAAGAACCUUGUGUCACCUCAGACAAAAAGGACACCUAUUGACAGACAAUUAUCAGAGACUUCUCAAGAUAACAACAAAGUAUAUGCAGCUCUUUUUUCACCAUUUUGGAAUGAGAUAAUCAAAAGUUUGCGUGAAGAGGAUUACGUCAGUAACAGGGAGAUGGAUUUACUUUCAAUGCCUAGCAACACGGGAAGUCUACGACUUGUACAAUGGCCUCUGUUUCUUCUCUGCAGUAAGAUCUUAUUGGCUAUUGAUUUGGCUUUGGAUUGCAAAGAUACACAAGGAGAUCUUUGGACCAGAAUAUCCAGGGAUGAGUACAUGGCUUAUGCUGUCCAGGAGUGCUAUUACAGUAUCGAAAAGAUCUUAUACUCUCUGGUUGACGGAGAGGGAAGGCUUUGGGUUGAAAGAAUAUAUCGAGAGAUCAACAAUAGCAUAAUGGAGGGUUCCCUUGUCAUAACCUUAUCACUGAAGAAACUUCCAGUUGUGUUAUCAAGAUUUACAGCAUUGACUGGACUUUUGAUUCGCAAUGAAACUCCUGAACUUUCAAAAGGUGCUGCAAAAGCUAUGUAUGAUCUGUAUGAGGUUGUUAGCGAUGAUCUGCUGUCAUCUGAUUUAAGGGAGCAGCUUGGCACUUGGAAUAUAUUAGCAAGGGCAAGGAAUGAGGGACGACUCUUUUCCAGGGUGGAGUGGCCUAGAGAUCCUGAAAUUAAAGAGCAGGUGAAAAGGCUGCAUUUACUUCUUACUGUGAAGGAUUCAGCUGCUAACAUUCCUAAGAAUCUCGAAGCAAGAAGAAGAUUGGAGUUCUUUACCAAUUCUUUGUUUAUGGACAUGCCAUCAGCAAAACCAGUUAGUGAGAUGAUGCCAUUCUGUGUAUUCACCCCUUACUAUAGUGAGACAGUGCUAUAUAGUUCCUCUGAUCUGCGAGUGGAAAAUGAAGAUGGCAUAUCUACCCUUUUCUAUCUUCAGAAAAUAUUUCCAGAUGAGUGGGAGAAUUUCUUGGAGCGGAUUGGUCGAGGUGAUAGUGCUGAUAAUGACAUUUCGGAAGGCUCCAGUGACGCCUUGGAGCUUCGGUUUUGGGCAUCUUACCGGGGCCAAACUCUAGCUAGGACAGUGCGUGGUAUGAUGUAUUACAGAAGAGCAUUAAUGCUACAAAGCUACUUAGAAAGGAGAGUGCUAGGAGGAGUGGGUAAUCAUUCUCAGACAAGCGCUCUCACUAGUCAAGGGUUUGAAUUAUCACGAGAAGCACGGGCUCAAGCUGAUUUGAAGUUUACUUAUGUGGUUUCAUGCCAAAUUUAUGGGCAGCAAAAACAGCGAAAGGCUCCAGAGGCUACUGAUAUUGGUCUUCUAUUGCGAAGGAAUGAAGCACUUCGUGUUGCUUUCAUACAUGUUGAGGAGAUUGCAGGGGAUGAUGGGAAAGUUUCAAAGGAAUUUUAUUCAAAGCUUGUCAAAGCUGAUGCACAUGGGAAAGAUCAGGAAAUAUAUUCAGUUAAGCUUCCGGGUGAUCCAAAACUUGGAGAAGGGAAACCGGAAAACCAAAACCAUGCAAUAGUAUUUACCCGUGGGGAAGCAGUUCAAACGAUUGAUAUGAAUCAGGAUAACUACCUUGAGGAAGCAAUGAAAGUUAGAAAUCUUCUUGAGGAAUUCCAUGGUAAACAUGGGCUCCGGCCACCCACUAUUCUUGGUGUAAGGGAGCAUGUUUUUACUGGAAGUGUCUCUUCGCUCGCUUGGUUUAUGUCCAACCAGGAAACCAGUUUUGUCACCUUGGGCCAACGUGUUUUAGCAAAGCCUCUCAAAGUUCGCAUGCACUAUGGACAUCCAGAUAUCUUUGAUCGAAUCUUUCAUAUCACACGGGGUGGCAUUAGUAAAGCUUCACGUGUUAUCAACAUUAGUGAAGACAUCUAUGCCGGUUUUAACUCUACUCUAAGGCAGGGUAAUAUUACUCACCAUGAGUAUAUUCAGGUUGGAAAGGGAAGAGAUGUUGGGUUAAAUCAAAUAGCUUUAUUUGAAGGCAAGGUAGCUGGUGGAAAUGGAGAGCAAGUUCUGAGCAGGGAUGUGUACAGGAUUGGCCAACUUUUUGAUUUCUUUAGGAUGCUCUCGUUUUACUUCACAACAGUUGGUUUUUAUGUUUGUACAAUGAUGACAGUCCUUACUGUGUAUAUUUUCUUAUAUGGAAGAGCAUAUCUGGCUUUCUCUGGACUUGAUGAAGGAAUAUCAAGGAGAGCUAAAAUCUUGGGUAACACCGCACUAGAUGCUGCUUUGAAUGCUCAAUUUUUUGUUCAGAUAGGGAUUUUCACUGCAGUUCCCAUGAUAAUGGGUUUCAUCCUUGAACUUGGUUUACUAAAGGCCGUCUUCAGCUUUAUUACAAUGCAGCUUCAGUUUUGUUCCGUCUUCUUUACCUUUUCACUUGGGACUAGGACUCACUAUUUUGGGCGCACUAUCCUUCAUGGUGGUGCAAAGUACCGGGCGACUGGACGAGGUUUCGUUGUUCGUCACAUCAAGUUUGCAGAGAACUACAGGCUUUACUCGAGAAGUCAUUUUGUUAAAGCGUUGGAAGUUGCUUUGCUUCUUAUAGUAUACCUGGCAUAUGGUUACACCAGUGGAAGCACUACUUCAUUUAUCUUACUAACUCUCAGCAGUUGGUUCCUUGUUAUUUCAUGGCUAUUUGCUCCUUACAUCUUUAAUCCCUCUGGAUUUGAAUGGCAAAAGACUGUGGAGGACUUUGAUGAUUGGACCAACUGGCUUCUUUACAAGGGUGGAGUAGGUGUCAAGGGAGACGACAGCUGGGAGUCUUGGUGGGAUGAAGAACAGAUGCAUAUCCAGACUUUGAGAGGACGGAUACUAGAGACAAUCUUGAGUCUCAGAUUUUUUUUCUUCCAAUAUGGCAUUGUCUAUAAACUCCAUUUGACUGGACAGGAUACUUCACUGGCG